AUCUACUUCUUCAUUUCCAGCGUCAUUCCUGUUUGAAAUCAUGAAAAACGGGAACACCACCUCAUAUUUCAUUCUCCUAGGACUCUUUAACCACACAGAAGCCAAACUAUUUCUUUUUGUGAUAGUUGUGACAACUUCCUUCGCCUCCCUAGUGGGCAAUGCCUUCAUGAUCUUCUUGAUUCAUCAAGAUGCCCGACUCCACACACCCAUGUACUUCCUACUGAGUCAACUCUCCCUCAUGGACAUGAUGCUGGUUUCCACCAUUGUGCCCAAAAUGGUUACUGACUACUUGACUGGAGAGAAGUUCAUCUCCCCUGCCGGCUGUGGGUUGCAGAUCUUCUUUUUUAUCACUUUGGGAGGGGGCGAGUGCUUCCUCUUAGCAGCCAUGUCCUAUGACCGGUAUGUGGCUGUUUGCCACCCACUGCGAUACCCCAUCCUCAUGAACUGGAAAUUAUGCCUGAGAAUGACUCUGGGGUCUUGGGUCCUGGGGGCAGCUGAUGGGCUCAUGCAGGCUGCUGCUACCCUGAGUUUUCCAUUUUGUGAUGCACAUGAGAUCAAUCAUUUCUUCUGCGAGGCCCCUACUCUGGUGCGUUUAGCUUGUGCCGACACGUUUGUCUUUGAGUAUGUGAUGUACAUAUGCUGUGUGUUAAUGCUCCUGGUCCCAUUUUCUCUCAUUCUGAUUUCCUAUAGUCUCAUCCUUGCUGCAAUUCUCCAGAUGCGUUUUAGAGAAGCCCGCAAAAAGGCUUUUACCACCUGCUCCUCACAUCUUUCUGUGGUGGGACUCUUUUACGGAGCUGCAAUUUUUACCUAUAUGCAACCUAAAUCCUCCAGGUCAGCUCACCAUGAUAAAGUAGUUUCAGUGUUCUAUACUAUCUUCACCCCUAUACUGAACCCCCUCAUCUACAGUCUGAGGAACAGAGAAGUCAAGUUAGCCCUGAGAAAGUGUCUGGGUCAGUGUUCUGCCUUAAGCCAUGACUAA